AAGCUCUGCGGCCACCACCGCGCCCGCUCGCCACCAUCUUGUAGGAAGAGAGCGCCUCCCUCGGUCCUGUCCGCUAGGCGGGGUCGGGCGAGGCCAUGGCGACUGAGCAGCGCGGCGGGCACGCGCCGCGAGCCUCCCCGCCAGGAGCCGGGCGGCGCGGGGCACGGCCUGCGGGGCCGCCCUCCGCGCCGAGCGGCCGCGGAGCCCCCCGCCAGGGGGAGCCGCCGGCGGCCGUGGAGAAGCGGGGGCCGUACAUGGUGAAGCGCGGGCCUUCCCUUCAAGCCAAGCUGCAGAAGCACCGGGACCUGGCCAAGGCCGCUCUGCGGAGGAAGGGCAUGCUGCGGGCCUCGCCGAGCCGCCCCGACUCCUCCGGGAAAAGGUCAGUGAAGUUUAACAAGGGCUAUACGGCUCUUAGUCAGAGUCCAGAUGAAAACCUGGUUUCCCUCAACUCUGACAGUGAUGGGGAGCUGGAAUCCAGAUACUCCUCCGGGUAUUCCUCUGCAGAGCAGGUGAACCAGGAUGUGAGCCGCCAGCUGCUCCAGGAUGGGUAUCACCUGGAUGAGAUUCCAGAUGAUGAGGACUUGGACCUCAUUCCUCCCAAGCCUAUGGCCUCAACGUGCUCCUGCUGCUGGUGCUGUCUUGGGGACUCUUCCUCUUGUACCCUCCAGUAGACAUAAGUCCCUAAAACAGGCCCUGCUUGCCGUGCCUGCAGAUCUGUUUUGGCUCUUCAUAGGUCACAGACUGCGUUCCCAGAAUCACUUGAGGUACUGGCCUUCAGGGAAGUCAGUGACCUGUAGUUACCCCUUACCUGGUGCUUCUCAGGCAGGAGGCCCCCAUCUGGGUGAUAGGGUAAUAUGUGGAAUUCUGCUGUUGGAGCAGAGUUUGGUGAAGCCAUUUAAUAGGGGUGGGAAUAGAGGAAUUUUGAUUCUUAGGGUGAGUGACAAUGCUAGCUAAGAAAAACACGUGACAUCCUGGCUGGUAUUUGUUGUCAUGCUCUUUGGAUGGAAAAGAGCUUUUGUGCCCAGUUUGUGUUGUAUGGAGGCAGAAAAGUUGUGGCUUGCACUGGGAAUUUUAGAAAAAGAAUUCAUAUGUGACCAGUUCAAGAAAUUCCUUAAGCUCUCCUUCCUAGCUCCAAGAUGGGUUUGCCCUUCAAGAGAGCAUAAAGCUUUGGCCCUUUUCUGGUUGUGCCUGACUGUUGCAAGGAGGAUAACAGCUUGCUUGAUGACACAGCAGGUUCCAGAAUCCCUGGACCCAGAUCAUUCCCAAGUGGUCCAACUCUAUGAGUAUGUUUGUCAUUCCUUGGCUGCAAUCCUCCACCUUGGUCUUAGCUAGUUUCUCCAUCCAGUCUUGGAGCUAAAUGUUGGCCCAGAAGCCUACAGAUUUUGGUUACCAGGAGAGAUAGCUGCAGGGUCUCUCUAUGUAACAGCCUGUAAACCUGAGAAGUAGCAGUGGUGAGAAGUAUACUGGCUAAGCUGUGUGUGGGCUCUGACAUAGAUGGAGACGCAAACAGAUGGGGAGUAGGGACCUGUGCCAGCUCCCAAGGCCUCUGCCUGAGGAGACAGUCUGCCAUUGCAGAGGGCCUCCCUUAACUCAUUGUGGACCAUUCUGUUGUGUCCAGCUGUCCAGGUUCCGUGACCACAGUAUGGGCCUCACAGUGGAUACUCAGGAUUGGACUUUUUACAGUAAACCUCUGCGUGCAGCACAGCCUCUCAGCCCCCAAUGUGAACAUGGCAAAGACACAUGACCCUACUAGACAGCAUACCUUGCUAGACUACCCAUCUCCCUAGAAUUUAGUUUUAGUAUUUUUGUGUUUUUUGCCUUACCUGGAACCUUGGUGAGAACUGAAUGGGAGUGGGCAGGCUUCCUAGCCCAAGGGGUAUGAUAGUCAGGAUUGGAUUGUGGGUUCCACAUGGGAAAGUGCCUAGUCUCAUGACUUAUUGGAUGCCCUGUCACCAAUAGGGGUAUAUGAGGGAUGGCAUGGACUCUCUUUUGCUCUCCUACUGCAUGAGGUGAUUAAAAGACUGAAAAUGUCAGAUUAAAAGGCCAUAUUUAUCAGAGGACUAGCCUCAUGGGAGUAAUCCUAUUAGCUUGAUUGGCAUCUAUAUUGGUGCUUUUCUCAAAUCUCAGAAAGCUGAGAGGAAUUCUGUAUCUAGGGGGCUGUAGCUAACUUAUUCUAUAAUCUCACAGUGCACACAGCAAGAGAGAGAUGGGACAGGGACCAGAGGCACUGCUGGCAUAAGGGAGGUAAAUAUGGUCAUUCUAUUCUGCAACUCUAUAUAGGUUCCCACUUACCUAGCACUUUGAAAAUGCUUGCAGGGAAUGAGGACUUCUCCAUUCUGAACCCCUUGCCCAUCUACAGAUUUAUCCAGGCCUUUCUGGCUUCUGCAUAGGUGACAAAAUGUACACAAAGGGGCUCAGAUGUAGGACAGUGUAAAGAAAGUGGCUGUGGCAGCCCAAUGUGGGACAGUUUUCUGUGAGGGAGGUGGUUAGGACAGUGGGCCAGUGACCUAAGCAUUUGGUAAUGGCUGGUGCGUGCUGAAGGUGGCAACAGAACCCAAGACCAAGGCCCUCAGGAUCAUUGUUGCUAUUAACACUAGCAUAUUUGGCUGCAGCUGUUCCUGAAGAGGAUGUUCCAGAGUUGGUUGACAUUGAAUGGGAGACAUUAUCUUUGUGGGGAAAGUUGCGGGAACCUGAAAUAGGGGACAGUGUGUAGUGAGGCGGGAUAGGUUUGGGGCCAGAAGCUAAAGUAUCACCAAAAGGCACCAAGAAGCCCAGUACCAAACAGCCUUAUUGAAAGAGCUGGGUAUUCUGCAGGUGACAGUGCCCUGAGGACAGGGGUGUAUUCAGGCUUUACCUGACUGAUGGGAGUGGUGCUCUGUGGUGUUUAGAGUACUCUGUAGAACUCUUGGCUAAGGCUCCAUAGCUCUUACCAUAAAUACAGUCAGGGUAGUUGAGCUCUCUGUUGCAAUGGGAUUUUUAAGGAAGGUCCAGGCCACAGUCAUUGCCACUUCUAAAUUCUAAAAUAAAUAUCCAAAUA